AUGACCCGAUAUAAUUACUUAAUAUGGAUACGUCUUUUAUGCCCUAUUCUUCUAAUAGAUAGCCUGGUGCUAGCUGCUAUGGCGGCGGAUGCAGUAAGCUUUGUUCCUCUUCCCCUUAAUUCUCCUAUGCCGAUUACUCAUACACUGGCUGAAAUUGAAAAUACGUAUAAUGUAGAAAGACUGCAUACGUUCGACCAAAAGCAGAAGGCCAAGAUGCUAAACCCAGCCAGCUCUGGUCCGUUUUCUCAUCAGAGAAAGAGUGUAAGUGAGAAAGACAAUGUUUUUGAUCGUUAUAGUCCACCUAGUAUACCGUACGAUCGUGAAGUCACUCAUAAAGCCAGACAAGACUUCUUCAAUACAGCAACGGAUGAUGCCUUUGUAUCUCCCGAUCAAGCAGACCAAAAGUACAUUCCUAAUGAGUUCCCAUCGAAACGAGCCAAUAGCCAGACAUUCAACUCAGUCCUAGCACCUGCUUCCAUGCCUGAUCAGGUUCCACUAGGUAUGCAUGCCGCCGAAUAUCCAGAUAGACCUUAUCAUGAUAGUGUUGCUGGCAGAGAGCGGCGAGCCCUGUCAAACAGUCUUGAAUUCAAACCAAGUCCUAGUCAAUCGCCCGCUAAAGGCACCAUUAGGUACUUUCUACCAUCCUACUACAAGUACCAGAGGGCCAUUUUUGACUAUUUAGUUGAUUUUGAAGAAUCCAAAUUCAUAUCACCCGCCUUUUUACCCGAUUUUAAGUCUUUCGAUGGUGACCCCAAUCGUAUGCUUGCUCAAUACUGGGGCAUAGAGCGAGAUGCUCUGGAAAAGCAUAGUCCAUCCCUUGAUGAGCUCCUCCCUUAUAUUGUUUAUUCUCCAUACGUUCAUAAGAAUCUAGCCAAUAGUGUUAAACUUGCUCAAAACUAUAAGGACCUAAUAAACUACUUUCAGCUGGACAUCCAAUCAACCAGCAAAAGAAUGAUUGCUUUUAUCAAUGAUCCAACGAAUCCCGCCAAAACUAUCGAUCUCCCAAUGUACCAAAGAAUACUCAGCCGGGACGUUCGGAAUCUACGCACCUAUAUUGCUCGUCACCAAAAAGACCGCAGACAUGGCAUUUGGACGAUCCGAUGUGCUGCUCGCUGCAACACCCAGCUACACCACCCAAAUCACAUCAUUUCCCUUGAAGAACUGUUUAAGAGCUUUGGAAAAAGACACAUCAACUACUUCUACACAAAUGAAGCCACCAGGCUCUUCCUCAAAGAAGUCAGCCAAAACCAACAUAUGCUCACCGCCUUACAGUAUGCAGUGCACAACGCCCAACUAUACAUGGACUACCUGGCUGACCACAAGCUCCUACCCGAACCACUAGUUGCCCCGGCCUACGGCUUCAUCUCUAGUCUAGACAAAUACCAUGAGAACAUCGGCAUUCUCUACGAGUAUGCUAAAUCUCAUGCAUCUCAGCCACAUUUCACAGAUAAAGAGAUUUUAAACCUAAGGUCUCUUACCGACAAACUCUUCGUAGAGGGUUGUUAUUCAAUCUACACUCAAUUCCAUCUCUUCACUGCCAUAGCUGAUGCGCGGUACACAACCAAUACACAAAGUAUUCUUGACCACCUUGCCAGGGUGCCACCCGCCCAGGUUGACACUGUUCUCUCACCAGUUAUCGCCGAAGCCACCCAAGUAGUGGAAGAGCUAACCGACACUCAUUCCUACCUUAAAAAGGUUCAAGCUAACUACGCGAAGAGCCAAGACAGACUGCGCAAUGCUAUCUACGGUCUCAGCGAAGCCCGAGUAACUAUUCUAUAUAACAUGAUACCCAAUCCCAAACCUAUUCCAGACACACCUUCCAAAUCUCGUUCCCCAAAUCCGGCCCAGUCCCGCCACAACCGUUCCAUCAAUUCACCAGCCCCCAAUACCAACACCGACACUAACACCAAUACCAAUACCGACACUAACACCAACACCUCUACUGACGCCAAAAACGACACACCUACCGCUUCUAACUCUAACCCAGACACUCAUACCAACUCAAAUCAACAAUAA